CGCCGGAAAUGUUGACUCCCCAGCAGAAGCUCUGAGUGCUGAUGUGUUAAAAGAAACCCACCGCAGGGGACAUUUGUAUGAGUUUCUUAUUUGAUGCAGUGAUAAAAUAACACCGGAGAAAAGCGGCGGAGGGUCACAGGUCGAUGUCAAAGAAGACGCAGCGGCAGAAAUCAGCAGUAGCGGCUCAGAGAGCGAAUGGCGCCCAAAGGGAAGGUUGGCACGAAGGGAAAGAAGCAGAUCUAUGAGGAGAAUGAAGCGACUCUGAAGUUCUACACCAGAGUCAUCCUAGGAGCCAACGCCAUAUAUGUUGCAGUAAAUCUCUUGGUAUUCUACAGUUCGUCUACAUUUUGGACAUGGCUGCUGCUUGCGUUCGCACUAGCAGUGUUUGUCGGGAGUUACCGAUCCAUGUCGGCCAUGGCCAAGCCGGUGUUUGCUGAGGAUGGAAGUCUCCUGGACGGAGGAAUAGACUUAAACAUGGAGCAGGGAAUGGCAGAGCACCUGAAGGAUGUCAUCCUGCUCACAGCUAUAGUUCAAGUGCUCAGCACAAUCUCUUCUUAUUUCUGGUAUCUUUGGCUGCUGGCCCCGGCCCGAGCCCUGCACCUGCUGUGGGUGAACUUCCUGGGCCCCUGGUUUAUGGCAGAGAGCCCGACGGCACCAGAGGAAGUGAACGAGAAGAAGCAGAGAAGACAAGAGCGCAGACAGAUGAAGAGAUUCUGAUGCUGCGGGGCGGAUGGAGCAGUAUUUUUAUACACAGAAUCUAAUAUACAGAUAGUGAGCAACUCAUAAGUUAUUCAGGAAGAAAAUUUUGUUAUUAAAUUAAAUUCAAUCCAAAUCUGAUACUCUGAAAUCUUGUUUUCCAUUUUUGUUUUCUUUCUGUUAUCUAGUUUCCCCCCCUAAAUUUUGAAAUAUAAUGUUCCCUUUUUAGAUACAUCACAGUCCAAAUGUCGUUUAUCCUCAUGCAGAGGUUUCAGUUUCUGCCGUCAGACUGCCCCUUGCAGAUUUUCAUCAAACAACCCACAUGACACUGAUGAAAACAAGCUUGAGCCAUAUCCACCUGAAUUUAUUCUGUUGCUGCCACUUUUGCCAUGGCAUGUCUUUUUAUUUUUAUUUAAUUUAAUGUUUCAAUAAUUGUCUCUGUCAUAACAGACUUCAUCACAGAGCUGUUCAUGUUUGUGAGCUGUUAAGUGUUAUUAAAUCAACGUAAAAAUAAAUCAAGUUUUAAUAAGAAAAUAACAUUUUUUGCAAUAAAAGUUUCCCUCCAGCGUUUGGAGUUGAUCAUCA